CAAAACAGCUGUCAAUGGAUUUGACAAUUCGCAUCUUUGGACGGUUUUUUGAGUUUGGUUUACACACGUGUUUUUUACACUAGUGUUUAUUAAAUUUAAAUAUAUUUUUACCACUUUAUUGUAUUAAAAACUAAAGCACGAUGCAACACGACGAUGUGGUGUGGAGUAUAAUAAACAAAUCCUUUUGUUCACACAAAGUCAAGACCGAUACGCGCACAUUCUGUCGACAUGAAUACAAUUUAACCGGUCUGUGUACGCGCCGAACAUGCCCGCUGGCCAACUCACAAUAUGCCACAGUUCGCGAAGAAAAGGGUAUCAUUUAUUUAUACAUGAAGACCGCGGAACGAGCGCAUAUGCCCAACAAAUUGUGGGAGCGCGUGAAACUAUCACGCAACUUUGAAAAGGCGCUCGAACAGAUCAAUGAAAACCUUGUGUUUUGGCCGAAAUAUAUGAUUGCGAAAAACAAACAACGAUUUCUGAAAAUUACACAGUAUCUCAUACGUAUGCGUAAACUGAAGUUACGAAGGCAGAAAUUGAUAGUGCCGCUAUCGCGCAAGAUCGAGCGAAGGGAAUCGCGCAGAGAGAAAAAGGCCUUAAUAGCAGCUAAAAUUGAUAAUCACAUUGAAAAAGAGCUGUUGGAGCGUUUGAAAAGCGGCACAUACCAAGACAUAUACAACUUCCCACAAACUGCAUUCAAUAAAGCGUUGGAAGCGGAAGAGGUGGAAGAUGAGGAGGCCAGCGACGAGGAAGAGCAAGAGGUCGAAAAGGAAAUGGAAGUUGAUGAGGAGGUGCGCCGUGAAUUGUUGGACGAAGAAUUCGUGGAAGCCGAUUCUGAUGAAGAAGACGACGAUGAUGAUGACGAUGCGGAUAGUGAUUCGGGCGAACGGGAGGAAAUUGAGGUGGAUAGCGACUUCACAGCUUCAGAUAGCGACAACGAUGCUGACGAUAUAGAGGAUACACCAGCGCCCGGUGCCUUUGUACGUGCUCCAGCGAAAUCAAGUAAACAAGCGCCCGCAGACACGGCGAGCAGCAGUAAAACAGCGAAACGUCGAACCAAGAAGCCUAAAGUGGAAAUCGAAUAUGAAAUGGAAACUGAAACUGCUGCAGAGAGGCAAAGGCUACAUAACUAAGGUAUAUGUAUGUGCAACGAUGCUACGUCCACCGUCGUCGAAUCUGUGUGUCGGUUUAUCCAUUCAACUCUCGCUGUGCUUGGGAAGUUGUGGCAUUACCUGUAGUAAUGCAUUUUUUAAAUCAAUUUAGUGCUAUAGUUAUGUAUGAAAUAAAAUUAUUGCAAUUAAGUGCAAAAUUGA